AUGUUGAGGAAAUGGAUCAGUUGGCAGAUGAGCUUUAGAAGAGUUAUCAACAGAGGAUCCCUACAAGUUGCUUUGACCAAGGAUUCUUCAGAGGGAUAUGUGAGCUCAGAAACUGAUGAGUACAAGAAGCUCCUUGACACCUUCAGACCAGUUCCAAACAUUCUGAGCAUUGAGGAUUGGACAGGCCAGUUUGCGAGGUCAUGGCACAAGGAGCAAGCUCAAGGAGAUUGGUCUGAGCUCAAGGCGCCUAAAGUCGACCUCAAACCUUUGCCUGAGGGCCUCAGGUAUGCAUUUCUGGGUGAAAACUCAACUUACCCUGUCAUUGUGAACUCUGAUUUGGAACCUGAACAGUUGAGUGCUUUGCUUGUUGAAUUGAGAAAGUACAGAAAGGCAAUAGGUUACACUCUAGAUGAUAUCAAGGGGAUCUCCCCUGACCUAUGCAUCCAUAGGAUUCAUCUAGAGGAUGAAAGUAAGUCAAGCAUUGAACCUCAGAGAAGGUUGAACCCCAAUCUAAAGGAAGUAGUGAAGAAAGAGAUACUCAAGUUGCUUGAUGCUGGGAUAAUCUAUCCCAUCAGUGAUAGCACUUGGAUAUCUCCAGUUCAUUGCGUCCCAAAGAAAGGGGGGAUCACUGUCAUUAAAAACGACAAAGAGGAGCUGAUUCCCACUAGAACAAUAGUGGGGCAUCGCAUGUAUGUUAGAAAGAUUGGCAAACCACCCUUUUAUUGUUUUCUUGAUGGCUACAGUGGUUUCUUCCAAAUCCCGAUCCACCCUAAUGAUCAGGAGAAGACCACUUUCACAUGCCCUUAUGGCACCUUUGCUUAUCGAAGGAUGCCAUUUGGGCUGUGCAAUGCUCCAGCUACUUUCCAGAGGUGCAUGACCUCCAUUUUUUCAGAUCUGAUAGAGGAGAUGGUAGAAGUCUUCAUGGACGAUUUCUCAGUCUAUGGAGCAUCCUUCUCCUCAUGUUUGUCUAACUUGUGCAGGGUGUUGCAGAGGUGUGAGGAGACCAAUCUAGUACUCAACUGGGAGAAGUGCCACUUCAUGGUUCGAGAAGGGAUUGUGCUUGGACACAAGAUUUCCGAGAAAGGGAUCGAGCUCGAUCGAGCUAAGGUGGAUGUCAUGUUGCAGCUCCCUGUUCCCAAGACUGUGAAGGACAUAAGGAGUUUUCUGGGUCAUGCAGGGUUCUACAGAAGAUUCAUCAAGGAUUUCUCAAAGAUAGCAAGACCCUUGACAAGGCUUCUGUGCAAGGAGACAGAUUUUGAGUUUGAUGAAGAAUGCCACAAGUCUUGGACCUUGCUGAAGGAUGCUCUGGUAUCUGCGCCAAUAGUUCAAGCUCCAAACUGGGAUCACCCAUUUGAGAUUAUGUGUGAUGCAUCUGACUAUGCAGUAGGAGCAGUGCUUGGCCAAAAGAUAGACAAGAAACUCAAUGUCAUCUACUAUGCAAGCAAGACUAUGGAUGAUGCUCAAUGCAAGCACAUCUUUGCUAAGAAAGAUACAAAGCCAAGACUUCUCAGAUGGAUCCUUUUGCUUCAAGAGUUUGACAUAGAAGUUGUGGACAAAAAGGGAGUAGAGAAUGGAGUUGCUGAUCAUCUCUCUAGGAUGCGAGUUGAAGACAUGAUCCCCAUCAAUGAUUCUAUGCCUGAAGAACAGCUUAUGGCAAUCAUGAUCUUGAAGGAGAGUUUUGAUGAGAAAGUCAGGCUGGAAGAAGUUAAGGCUCUGCGUGAUGAGAAUUUGCCAUGGUAUGCUGAUAUAGUGAACUUCAUGGUGUCCGGAGAAGUCCCUAGUAGUUUUGAUGCUUACAAGAGGAAGAAGUUCUUCAAGGAUGCUAGGCAUUACUAUUGGGAUGAGCCUUACUUGUACAAGAGAGGACCAGACAGCAUUUACAGAAGGUGCAUAGCUGAAGAGGAUGUACAAGGAGUUCUAGAGCAUUGCCAUGGGUCAGCUUACGGAGGUCACUUUGCUACAUUCAAAACAGCAACUAAGGUUUUGCAAUCGGGUUUAUGGUGGCCUACUUUGUUUAAGGAUGCAGCAGACUACAUUGCCAAGUGUGAUCCGUGCCAAAGGAAAGGAGGGAUCACCAAGA